AUGUGAAAGUGGAUGUAACCGAGUUGACUGAUUAAAAUAGCACGACUUGGUAUAUAAUAUUAUACUACUUUAAGACUAUUAUUCUCUUUAAAGUUUUUCUUCUACAUUAAUUUUUGCCAAUUCUUUCUUGAUCAAUUGGGAGUUCGGUGACAAUCAGUCUUGAUCAGUUUUUCCAAGUCAACUCCCGAGUAAGCUUCAUCGAUCAUGGUGGGAGCACCCCUCCCUUUCCACGGAAAUCAAGCCCAGCCCUAUGGGGCCACUGGUAAUGUGAACGAGAAUCCAGAUUCUGCAGCAAAGCAUACACCACCAGCGCAAAUGUAUGCAACACCAAACGCUACGAUUUCCACUCUCUUGCCAUACGAUGGCGGCUUACCUCCUCCUGCAGCAGCUAAUCCUUACCCAGGCACCAAUGCCGCCUAUCCAGGAGCACCAUCUCCAAGCAUAAAUGCCCCUCCAAAUCCACCUCCUGCAAAUCCUCAUCCUCCUACUUCAGCAGCUCCGUCCCCUUUCCCUGGAUUCCCUCCAAAUUCAGGUCCAAAUCCCAAUCCAAAUCCAAAUCCGUCACCAGCUUACCCUUCCCCUCAGUCAUCUACCUAUCCUCCAGCGCCAACUACUUCGGCCCCUUACGCCCCACCUCCUCAAUCAUCAGGCUAUCCUCCAGCGCCAACACCUUCGGCCCCUUACGCCCCGCCUCAAUCAUCUGGCUAUCCUCCAGCGCCAACACCACCGGCUCCUUACACUCCACCCCAAUCAUCAAGCUAUCCUUCAGCCCCAACACAGCCAGCUCCUUAUACUCCACCUCAAUCAUCAAGCUAUCCUCCGGCGCCCCAAUCAUCUGGCUAUCCUCCAGCACCAUCACCUCAAUCUUCUACUUAUCCUCCGCAGCCAGCUCCAGCAACACCUUACACUCAGUCAACUGCUGGGCUUCCCCAGCCCUGUCCACCAACAGGUUAUCCUCCGCAUCCUCCUCCUGGUGCCCCAAGUGGUUAUCCCUCAGUAAUUCCUCCAUCAGGAACCUUUCCUCCGCCUCCAUCUUCACAGUACUAUCCCCAGACUAAUUCUUCACCGCCAGGAACAUAUCCACCACCUCCAGCUCCAGCUGGUGGAUUUUACCCCCCGCGACCGUAUUAGUUUCUCAAAUAGAGCCUCACGAGAUUGAGAAAUGUGGUAUCCAAGAAGACAAAUGGAUAGACCCUUCAUGUUCAUAUAGUCGGUGCAUGAGUAAUUUGCAGUUAUGGCGACGACUAAUUAAGCCUUUCUUCUUCUUCUUUCCUAUAUUUAAGUACACUCUUUAUUCUUCCUCGAAAUCAGAAUAAUAGAAUGGUUUUGUUAGCUUAGAUUGUUUGGCGGGCUGGUUUUAUUGGCAAAGAGAAAACAUCUUCCUAAUCUGCUUCUUUUUCAUGAAUUUAUCAUGAACAAUUAGGAGAUCAAACGAGUUAGUUGUAAUCAGCUUCAUAAAAAUAUUUUGUUGCUUUCAUUUUUAGUGUUGAGAAUUUGCUUAUUCCUUUCUUCUUUGACUUAUGAGAACGAUCAACUUCAAGUCAUGAUGAAAUUGAUACUAAUUUAGGUUUGA